UAUACUUAUUUAUAUUUCUUAGUUUAUUUAAUUAAAUUAAAUGAAAAUCAAAGUCAAUCAAAUAUUAUUCCAUUACAUUUAGAACCACAUUCACAUAGUUUUUCAAUAUUUUCUUUACAAUAUUCUGCUGAUGGUUCAGAAAUAAUUGGUGGUUCAAAUGAUACAUGUGUAUAUAUAUAUGAUCUUCAUCGACAGAAACGAACAUUACGUGUUCAAGCUCAUGAAGAUGAUGUAAAUGCUGUUCGUUUCAUUGAUAAUUCUAAUUCAUUAAUUGUUAGUGGUUCUGAUGAUAAUUUUGUUUCAAUUUGGGAUCGACGAGCAUUGAAUGAAUCACAACCAAAACCAGUUGGUAUAUUUGCUGGUCAUACAAAUGGAAUUACUUUUGUACAUAGUCGAAUGGAUACAAGGUAUUUAAUUUCAAAUAGUAAAGAUCAAAGUAUUAAAUUAUGGGAUAUGCGUCAUUUUGCUAAUGAAUCAGUAAUAGAUAAAAUUCGUACGAAAUCAAAUAGUAGUGAUUAUGGUUGGGAUUAUCGAUAUGAUGGUUAUAGACCACAACCUCAAAGCUAUGAUAUACCAGGUGAUCCAAGUAUUCGUACAUAUCGUGGUCAUUCUGUACGUUAUACAUUAAUACGUUGUUAUUUUUCACCAUCAUUUACAACUGGACAAAAAUAUAUUAUAACAGGCUCUUCGGAUGGUUGUAUUCACAUUUAUGAUAUACUUACUGGUACUAUUGAAUUACGUCUUCGUAUUAGUAAUCAUAUGAAUGAAAGUCGUGAAAGAUGUAUACGAGAUAUAUCUUGGCAUCCAUAUGAAAAUUAUAUUAUAUCAACAUCGUGGGACAGUCGUCGAGCGCAUGUACGUUGGACAUAUUCAUUUGAUAAAGCAAUAGAUUCUAAAUCAUCCUGUUCAUCUGAAUCAAAAGUUGUUUCAUGUGAAUCAAUUAAUUCAACAACAAUACAACAUCCAACAGCAUUAUUAAGAAGAUUAUUAAAUCGACAAUUUCUUGGUUAUUAUUUAGAUCAGAGUUCGAGUGAAGACUCAUCACCGUGA